CAGUACCAACAGACUGUUGGUCGUCGACAGUCGCUUGUUGCAAAUUCCAUCGAGUUGUAGUUGAUAAUAUUUGUGUCUUUUGUCAUUUUACAUUUAUCUGAUCAUUAAAGUUUAUAAAAAAGUUUAAAAUAUCAAAAUAUCAACGUAACACUCAUUAUUAAUUAGUAUUUGUAUAGAUUUACUCCUUUUUAGUUGGUUAUUUUUGUUUUAUAGUGAAAAUAAUGAUUAGCAAGUAGUUAUUAAUAAAAUAGUGAGAAUGCAACAAAGGACGAUAUUGGGAUGCAAUUGGGCGCGCGGCGGUGAGGCAGGAUCCGGCGUGGUGCGACGAGCGCAUCCUGCAUCCGGCGCCCAGUGGAACGUGCAGGUCGUCAGAGGGAAAGUCAAUGGAAAAUGUUUGUGGAACGCAUGUAAAGCGCUCAGCAUCGGAUUAUUGCUCAUGUUGCUCGGUGGCGCUAUGGCUACAAUAGGUUAUUACGCAGAUGAUUUAUCAAUGGCGCAUGAAGUGCGUGGUAAUCAUACAGUAAAAAUAAAAAACGAAUCACGCGGUUUCCAUCUCAAUAAUUUAUCCUACGCUGGACCGAUUGUGAUGGGAGUUGGAGGUUUUAUUGUCGUCGCCGCGUGUGUUAUGACCUUCGAGGCGCGAGACUCCGCCGCCAAGGUUGUUCCAGCGCGACUUAAAUCAGGAAGUGGUAUACAAUGCACUCACCGACCAGUUACUGGUGACCGAUCCGCACAUGGAUCCUUACGAACAUCCGCUUCACAAACCGGAGUCACACCUCAACCCCCUCAUCAGUCGUCGGAUCGACGGGCAGUUACCCAAUCGCUUGUGCAGUUCUCGAAAGGACUCGUAAUUGACAGCGAGUGUCGAAAACCGGUGAAUUUACUGCGCGUCUCACAGAAUUCUAUUAGCAAGUCACCCUCAGCCCCAGAUCUGAGUGAACAAAAACCACCCAUGGUCCCAGUGCACAACGGCAGUAAAAAAACAUCACCGAGUAACGAUUCGUGUAAAGAAGAUCCGAGAAGAUGUAAUGUUGCUACUGGAAUGAAACAAGAUGGCGGACGUAGGAUGAUUACUCCUUACGGGGCGCUAAACCCGAAAUUAUUACAUCGGCACGCGUUAUCAGUAGACGAAACUGCGCAUACUUACAGGUUAAGUCAUGAAUCACUGCAGGGUACAGGCAGUCAGUGCUCGAUGGCGUUGGAUUUACAUUUGGAGUGUCCGGUAACACUAAGAAUCCGUGAUCGUCGACGUAAUCCGUUGAGACGACAGUGUAAGAUCGAAGCUGAAGAUGAAAAACACCUCCACGAACAAAUCGCCAGGUCUAAUUCACAUUCACCGCGCAUGACGCACCAACAUCGCACGAAGAGUAACGCGUCAGCUACAGGCAGUCCAGGUUUAUCGCCUUCUUCGACAUUCUGCGGGCAGAGAAGAAGUUCCAAUGCUUCGGAUUGUACGCAUCGCGCGCGAACAAGAAAACGAGAUUGUCACCACCAACGCGGGCGAUUGGAGCGCGCCAUAUCUUCGGAUUCGCGGUUGACUGGAGUGCAUCAUAAGUGCCAUCAUCAUCAUCAUCAUCAUGUUCAUCCGCAGGUUUCUGUGGAGGAGGCCGUUGUUCCAGGCGCUUCAAGUUCUGAUACUGAUAUUACUCAUACAAGGAGUAUACAUCCAAAAAUUUAAAAACAUCAAAAAGUAAAAAAAAAAUUGGUUGAAUUCAUUUGGAGUCAAAACGCAGGAUAAUCAUUAGUUAUUGUCGUUAAUAUUUGUUUUAACAGAUGUGUAGAGAC